GCCUGGAAGCUUUGGCACAUUUCCUCCCAUCACCAAUUGAAAGGUUGCUAGCGCGAUCUCCUGUACUGUAGAAUGUAGUAUGGACCACAGGACAGGACGUUAAGAAGCUGUAGAAUGUAGUAUGGACCAUAGGACAGGACGUUAAGAAGCUGUGGAGGCCUAAGAUGCUCUACUAGUCGCCUGGAAAUUCAAAGAAGACGAAGGAGUAAAAAGCAAAAUGGCGUUUAACGGAGAAGGUCUAAACUUGGCCACUGGCCAUUAUUGUUUCUCUAUUUGUAUUUAGUGCAUACAUGUACGCACAUAUGUUGUGUAGUAGAUGAAACAUUGUUUGUAUCCGGAUACAUUAGUCUGAGCGCACUUUAUCAAGUCUUAGCUUGCUAGUUAGCUUAGCUUGUUAGCUGCUAACAAAGAGACGCGGACGUUAUCAACACAUCGCUAAGUAGAGAUCAAGUGUGAGUGUAAAGUGUUGGGAUUGUGUGAACAUGUGAGUGUAAAGUGUUGUGAUCGUGUGAACAUGUGAGUGUAAAGUGUUGUGAUUGUGUGAACAUGUGCGAAAGAACCAUAGCAAAGUAUGUCCAACAAAAGAGGAGAAUGAGCGACAACAUUUCAAGAAACAUCAAGUUGUGUUACACACAACAGCAGUCCCCCCACAUUAAAGAGGAAGAGGAGGAUCCACAGCCCCCCCACAUGAAAGAGGAAGAGGAGGGAGAGUGUGUUGUAGGGCAGGAGGAGGAUGAUGUCAGCAAGUUUCCACUGACUGUUGUCUCUGUGAAGACUGAAGAGCAUGAAGACAAAGCACCUGAGUCCUCACAGCUUCAUCACAGUCCAAACGUCCAGUGGUUGUCAGCGAGGUGUCAUGAAGAGGAGUGGCACACCAGUGUGGGACAGAAGGAGCUACAGGCCCCCACCCACAUUAAAGAGGAGCAGCUUCAUGAUGAAGAUGAAGCUCAGUCCUUCCAGCUUCAUCACAGUCAAAGUGAGGAGAUCAGAGGGGAGGAGCUUGUAUGUCAACACAUCACAGAAGCUGAUGGAGAGCAUUGUGAAGAUAUAAAGUCAGAACCAGACAGCAUCUUUGCUCCACUGUCAGACAUGGACUACAUGAUGUCAGACUCUUCUGAUCACAGUGACCACAUCCAAAAACCUUUGGAGAGUAAAAAUGACUCUAAAGGUGAUACGAGACAUCACACUAACAACAAACACUUUGACUGCUCUGAAUGUGGGAAAUCAUUUAGACUGAAGAGUCAUUUCACAGUACACAUGAGAAUACAUACUGGAGAGAAACCUUUCGCUUGCUCAGCUUGUGCUAAAAGAUUCAACACUAAGAAUGACAUGAUAUUACACAUGAGAACACACACAGGUGAGAAACCUUUUACUUGCUCUGUUUGUAAGAAGAGUUUUUCCAGAAAGGUACACAUGACCAGACACAUGAGAACACACUCUGGAGAGAAACCGUUUGCUUGCUCAGCUUGUGCUAAAAGAUUCAACACUAAGAAUGACAUUAUAUUACACAUGAGAACACACACAGGUGAGAAACCUUUUACUUGCUCUGUUUGUAAGAAGAGUUUCUCCAGAAAGGAACACAUGACCACACACAUGAGAACACACACUGGAGAGAAACCUUUUUCUUGCUCUGUUUGUAAGGAGAGUUUCUCCAGCAAGCAAAUCAUGACCAGACACAUGAGAACACACACUGGAGAGAAACCUUUUGUUUGCUCAGCUUGCACUAAAAGAUUCAACACUAAGAAUGACAUUAUAUUACACAUGAGAACACACACAGGUGAGAAACCUUUUACUUGCUCUGUUUGUAAGAAGAGUUUCUCCAGAAAGGGACACAUGACCACACACAUGAGAACACACACUGGAGAGAAACCUUUUUCUUGCUCAGCUUGUGCUAAAAGAUUCAACACUAAGUAUGACAUGAUAUUACACAUGAGAACACACACAGGUGAGAAACCUUUUACUUGCUCUGUUUGUAAGAAGAGUUUCUCCAGAAAGGAACGCAUGACCACACACAUGAGAACACACACUGGAGAGAGACCUCUUGCUUGCUCAGCUUGCACUAAAAGAUUCAACACUAAGAGGGAAAUUAUAUUACACAUGAGAACACACACAGGUGAGAAACCUUUUACUUGCUCUGUUUGUAUGAAGAGUUUCUCCAGAAAAGAUCACAUGACCUCACACAUGAGAACACACACUGGAGAGAAACCUUUUUCUUGCUCUUUUUGUAAGAAGAGUUUUUCCAGCAAGCAAAUCAUGACCAGACACAUGAGAACACACAAUGGAGACAAUCCUUUUGCUUGCUCAGCUUGCGCUAAAAGAUUCAACAUUAAGAAUGACAUGAUAUUACACAUGAGGAUACACACAGGUGAGAAACCUUUUACUUGCUCUGUUUGUAAGAAGAGUUUCUCCAGAAAGGAACACAUGACCACACACAUGAGAACACACACUGGAGAGAAACCUUUUUCUUGCUCAGCUUGUGCUAAAAGAUUCAACACUAAGAAUGACAUGAUAUUUCACAUGAGAACACACACAGGUGAGAAACCUUUUACUUGCUCUGUUUGUAAGAAGAGCUUCUCCAGAAAGCGAAGCAUGACCAUACACAUGAGAACACACACUGGAGAGAAACCUUUUGCUUGCUCAGCUUGUGCUAAAAGAUUCAACACUAAGAAGAACAUUUUAUCACACAUGAGAACACACACAGGUGAGAAAUCUUUUACUUGCUCUGUUUGUAAUAAGAGUUUCUCCAGAAAGCAAAUUAUGACCAGACACAUGAGAACACACACUGGAGAGAAACCUUUUGUUUGCUCAGUGUUAGAAUAAUUAUGUAUAUAUUAUCACAUUAACUUUAGCAUGCUUAAAGUCUGUUGCUUUAGUUAAUAGAUAUUGUGCUCAGGUUAGACUUUUCUAUUUGUGCAAGGACAAAAAAUUCUUGUCUGAGGGGUGGCCUCAGCCGCAGAUGUUAUCUUUGUUUUAGCCCGCUAACAACCAAGGACUUCAAGGACCUCAACGAAGAUAAGAUGACAACACGCAGACGAAGUAGAGACAAGGCGAAAUCACAAGGCCCCCAGCACAUUCCGUCACGUAUUGUGCGUCCUGUACCUGCUUUGCAUAACAUAUGUGACCACUCCUUUUAGAGGCGGCCUCAGUGAUGUUGACUGUGGAACUCCUGAAUAAAUAGAGGGAUGCAGGAGCUGAACCUUAGGCCAUAGUUAAAGUUAAAGUACCAAUGAUUGUCACACACACUAGGUGUUGUGAAAUGUGUCCUCUGCAUUUGACCCAUCCCCUUGUUCGCCCCCUGGGAGGUGAGGAGAGCAAUGAGCAGCAGCGGUGCCGCGCCGGGGAAUACUUUUUGGUGAUUUAACCCCCAAUUCCAACCCUUGAUGCUGAGUGCCAAGCAGGGAGGUAAUGGGUCCCAUUUUUAUAGUCUUUGGUAUGACUCGGCCAGGGUUUGAACUCACAACCUACUGAUGUCAGGGCGGACACUCUAACCACUAGGCCACCAAGUAGGGCAAGACUGUGACUAAGUGUGCAGCUCCAUGCGUUCUCCUCAUGAACUAAAUUGAACUCUGUCUCUGCAUGAUUCCUAGCUUCUUGUCUGAUUAAUAGAUGUCAUCAGUGUUUGAACCUGACACUCAGCUUGUGCUAAACAAUUCAACACUAAGAAGGAACUUAUAUUACACAUGAGAACACACACAGGUGAGAAACCUUUUAAUUGCUCCGUUUGUAAGAAGAGUUUUUCCAGAAAGGAACGCAUGACCACACACAUGAGAACACACACUGGAGAGAAACCUUUUGAUUGCUCUGUUUGUGCUAAAAGAAUCAACACUAUGAAGGAAAUUAUAUUGCACAUGAGAACCCACACAGGUGAGAAAGCUUUUACUUGCUCUGUUUGUAAGAAGAGUUUCUCCUGAAAGCAAAACAUGACCAAACACAUGAGAACACACACUGGAGAGAAACCAUUUAGUUGCACUGUGUGUGAUAAGAUGUUCAGGUUUAAGAAUCAGGUCAGUAAACACAAGUGUGUAACAGUCAUGGAAGCUGCAGGGAUGUAAAAACACGUAAACAGUGAUUGUGCUAAAUGUAGUUGAAAAACACAGCAUGUUUAAUAUGAAUGUAUAUUUGAUGUUGUAUGUAGUGCUUCUCAUCUUCUAGUCUUAUAUGUUUUUAAGUUGUGUGCAUGUAUUGAAUAUUAUAUAUAUGUAGCUACUAUUUUAUUCUAUUUUCUCAUAUUUGAAGAGAGGACAUCUUAUUAUUUUCAUUG